GGGAAUUUGAUCAUCCCUUUCUUCAUCCUCUCCCACAAAAUGCCAAUGGAAGAAUGGCUCUCCCCGUACCCCCACUGCCCCCAUCCUCCCCACGGAGUCGGCCACUGUCAGUGCAAACACCUUGCACCAAUUGCCGAUCCAAGCAUCUGCGAUGUACAUAUAACGCCGACCGAUGUGAGCCUUGUAAACGAUAUGGAUGGACAUGCGUCCGCCGUAACUCAGCAAAGAAACCGAUUCAAUUUUGCCCGGGGAGCCGGGCAAAGUACGACCAAGCCUUUUCUCCAGACCAAGUCUGGGUAAAGCUGGGCCGCAGGUCGGCCCGGCUGAGAUUUGUCGACGAAACCGCAGACGUCAUCGCGGGUUAUGAUGCAGCGAGUGAUACUGAGAACGAGUUCAACGACGACGAGUUGUCAUUCCGGACUGCCGCUGCGGGGGGAGUUGAAUCGGGUAUUGGCCGAUUCCAUGACUUGGACUCGGAUAUCUCCACCAGAAAUGACACUCAACGCCAACCCCAAAUGGCUGUGACAACGGCGUCGGCAAUGACUACGUGCGGAAGCUCGGCCACUGCCACUCUAAAUCGAAACCCAGGCGUAGUCCCGGUAGACGGCCCUAAACAAAAUGAUAAACCCGUCAACCUUAUUGGAAAUACUGACAUCCGCCUGCAAGCCAUUCUCCUGCGAUACUUUGCCGAGGUCAUUGGCCCUCGAUUUGAUUUAUGCGACAACGAACGCCACUUCAGUCGCCUAGUUCCGCAACGGGCACGCUCCUCGCCAACCCUGCUGAAUGCUAUCUUGACCACCUCAGCCCGCCAUCUCACUCGCUUACAGAGGUAUCGCAACUCCGCUGGUGUAGUGGAGUGGCAAGGCCAUCUAUUGCACAAUCUAAGCGAAGAGUCAGCCGUCUACUACCACAACGAAUGUAUCAAAGACCUCCUCCGCCUUAGCAUGGACCCUGAACAGAUCCAUAACGAAGCUCUUCUGGCAGCAGCAAUCAUCCUCCGCACAGACGAAGAAAUGGACGGCCCGCUUCAUGAGGGCGAGGAGGAUACCGAAGUCUUCUUGGGCAUGUUGAACAUGUUUAUCAAUGCACAGGUGCCUCCAGUCGCAACAUUGCGACACAGGUCCCCUCCCACCUACCCAUCACAGGAAGAGGUCUAUGGCCACGGUGUCCAACUGGUCCAUGCACCUCAAACCUUAAAUUCCCCGUCUCAGACCAUAUCCUCCCCUUCUCCGCAGACGAACAUCCUCUGGCCAAACACAAUUCCCCGAGUCCCUAGUCCGGAUGGUCUUCGGCAGGCCGCUUUUUGGGUCGCCUUACGCCAAGAACUCUUGACCUCAUUCAUGAAACAACGCCCCCUCAACUUCCCUAUGAACCACUGCGAUGCAUUCCGCAAUCUAACCCCCGCCGAGGAUGUAAUCUGGGCAGACAGACUAGUGAUUUUCUGUGCAGACCUUCUCGAAUACUGCUACGGAAGCAGUUAUAUCCACAACGCAGAUCAAUCGUCGUAUCACCGCCAUGACCCCUCUCGCUGGCAUGAGCUGCGUAAUUAUGAACGUGCUUUGACCCUGGCGCUACCCAAGUCUUUCGAGCCAAUGUGCUAUCGUGAACCAGAUAAUGAGUCGGCACAAAUCUUCCCCGAGAUCUGGCACCUUGAGAGCUGUCAUGUGACGGGGACGACACAUUUGGAACUUGCGCGCAUUCUCCUUGUUGCUUUUGAUCAAAGUCGACCUAGCUUAGGUCCAGGAUCGGUCGCCAGCCGGAGAAAGAUGGCAGACACGCUGAAAGCGAUUGUUCGACGACUGUGUGGAAUUGCUUUGUGUAAUCGUCAAUCUCCAUCGACUUUUAUUGAGGCUUUGAUGGGGAUCACCUUGUGUGGGGAGUACUUUGAUGAUCGCAGAGAACAGGAAGCUCUGUUGGGAGUUUUAAGGACGAUGCAUCAGGAGCAUGCUUUUCCGACGGGAAAGAUAGAGAAGAUGUUGCUGGAAGCGUGGGGGUCGGCUUGAGUACGGAAUUUGUUGAGACAUGGCCGACUAGGCCUGCAAGGUAGGCUGCUAGAUGGUAGUUUAAGUGAGCUUGCUAUCAUGCCUGCGGCUUGCCCGGGUUUGCGCCGGCUCUGGGAUCACUGAAUAUCCCCA